AAACAAUCUGCCGUGCCCCUCCAUCCAGACCUCUCCCCCCUCCAGAAUGGGCGACACCAACAUUUCCUCCCUUCACAUAGCUGUGAUCGCUGAACAGCGUUCGACGUACCUCAACGUCGGUUAUACAAGUGAGGAAUGUGCAGCCUUGCCACACGAUGGCGAGCUCAACGCCGUGGCAGCUGCAAUUGGUGACUUGGGACACAAUGUCACGCUUGUCCCGGGGUUACACUCACUUGUCGAGCACUUGGCUGCCGGCACGCACAAGGACUGGGACCUAGCGUUCAACCUGUCUCAAGGAUUUCAUGGUUCAGCGAGAGAGGCGCAUGUGCCGGCUCUCUUGGAAGCUUACCAGAUUCCAUACACAUUCUCAGACGCGGCAACGAUGGCAUUAUGCCAGAACAAGGGACAUACAAAGGUCAGUGCGGGGCUGGAACAUGCAAGUUUGAUCCGUUUGUUGAGUCUAAAUGGAUGCAAGAUGAUCCUAGACUACUACGGAAUCUCGAACGCCCCAUUCAUGCUCAUUCCAGCUGGGCAACUGAGCCCUCCUGGUCAUACUACAUUGCCACGUCCAUGUCCUCUCUUCGUGAAGCCUGCCACGGAGGGCUCUUCCAAAGGCAUCGAUGGAUUCAAUAAAGUGGACAACUAUGAGGAGCUUUUGUUGGCGGUCCAGAAACUCAGGACCAGAUACCCUGGCCAGGAUAUAUUGGUCGAGUCCUUUCUCUCAGGAAGAGAAUUCACCAUCAGCAUCCUUGGAACCGGGACAUCUAGCCAAGUCAUUGGCGUUCGAGAACAUAUUUGGCAGACGCCCCUUCCAAACGAAGACAAACAUAUGGCCAAGCAGGAGUAUGCAAGCUGGAAGAGCAAGUCGAGCGAAAACUGCCUCCUUCAAUAUCAUGAUUCCCAUGAUAUGGACGACCCUCUCAUCAAAGCUGCCUGUCAAGUUGCCUUGGACGCGUGGAACGCGCUUAACUGCAGAGAUGCAGGACGCGUUGAUAUUCGUUUCAAUUCUAACGAACUGGACCCUACCCCUAAUGUAAUAGAGGUCAAUCCAAUCGCAGGCCUCCUCCCGGGGCACUCUCCAUUGCCUCAGAGUGCUUUACAGCAUGGCAUUUCGUUUAAAGAGCUAUUAGCGGCUAUAAUUAACGGUUGCCUUGAUCGAAGAUAAGAGGGGUUUACUUCAGCAAGUGGUGCAGGGCCUCUUCAUAUGACAACCCUUCCAAUGCCCGUUCGUUCUACCCAGUAUAACUUUUACAAUGCACAUUCAAAGACUUGGUUAUAGAUAGAGCCCUUACUGGUUGCCAAACUCGUUCUGUGGUGGCUCGAUUCCAUAUGCAGACAGGAGCCUCGUCCAGUUGACUAUCCUAGUCACUCAGGGCUGUUACAGUUGUCCAUGUGGCGACAUCCACACCCUGGUCGGACAUCAUCAGAUAUCCCAGAAUGUGAUUGCAAUUUGUAGACUACAAUAAGCAAUGUUAUGACCUGAAGCUGUCGGCGAGGUGUGUUCCACGGACGGCGGAACAAGAGUGUAAACAAUGCAUAAAGCCCCGAAGGGUCGGAGAUUACAUUCGCGG